AUGCUUGUCUUUUACAGAACCUUACUGUGGUGGAUGGAGAACAUAUCAACUCCUCUCAAGCAGCCUAUCGUGUUCGAGUUGGAGGGCUUCUAUGUACCACCGGGCUACGGCACUUUCCUGUUCUUCCUGGCUCUGUUAAAUUUCUUUGUAACGCUGUUGGGGAAUAGCAUGGUGGCGUGCGUCAUUAUCAUAGACAAGAACCUCCACAGACCCAUGUUCGUAAUGGUUUGUAACCUCGUAGUGUGUGAUCUGCUGGGGGCCACGGCGGUGCUGCCUCACCUGAUGGUGCACUUCUUGACGGGACAGAAGACGAUCGCCUACAUCCCGGCCAUCGCCCAGGCCUUCUCUGUGCACAUGUAUGGUGUCGCAGCGCAGACUAUUCUGGGAGCGAUGGCCUAUGACAGGUACAUUGCGGUGUGCGAACCACUCAGGUAUCACAGCAUCAUGACAUCAGCUCGGCUGCACUCCUGCUGUGCUCUGGCCUGGUUCGUCGCUCUGCUGUGUAUUGCUGUGCUCUUCUCCUUCCAUAUGAAUGUCCCGCUGUGUGGCAAUACCAUCAAACAUGUGUACAGCAGCAACCGUGCCAUUCUGAGCCUGGCCUGCAGUCCCACCCCUAUCAGUGAUAUCUAUGGUCAGUGCAUUUGUUUAGAAUGUAAAGACAUACAGUAUGUUGUUGAACACUAG